CUUCAGUUCAGAUGGAGCUGAGCUGCUGCCUGUGAAUAACCCACACAGAGGACUCACUGCACACACCUCACACACUCAGCACUGAGAGAGACAUGAUCAGGUUACUCCUGCUGCUCGCCUCAGCGCUGUGGCCAAUGACCAGCGGUGGCACUGCAGUGCAUGAGGUGAGGGGCCAAGUGGGCGGGGCUGUGCGGCUGACCUGCAGGAUUGACAACUCGCUCCCAGUCAAAGCUGUUUUCUUUCAGAAGAAGAAUCUCUCCGGAGUGUACGACAUCUUAGUUAACGGCUUCUACAUCCAUACAGUGACAGGUUUCCUACUCGAUGAGUACAGAAACAGAACCAGAGUCAACAGGGCAGAACGCAGCCUGGAUUUCUGGGACCUAAAGGCAUCUGACGAAGGAUAUUACAAGUGUUUCUUCAUUCGCCAAGACACCCUCAGAAGCUAUGACACCACAUUUCGUCUCACAAUUACAGCCGACUACAGCGUUCCCACGGUAACCGUGCAGGAGUGUAGUGACCGUGGCGAGGGUGCGCUGAGCUGUGAGCUGGGCUGCUCAUCAUUUGGGGGAUACCCACUGGCCAACCUGAGCUGGACAGUGUCGAAGGGCGGGAAUGAGGUCCUCCUGCAGGAAGGGGGCAGCGUGAACACGGCUGACAAACACUCUGGCGUCUGGAACGUCUCCCAAACCAUCAGGCUCAACUGCACACAGCCUACUAAUGUCAGCUGCUCUGUAGGGGGCGUUGUCUCCCCUCCGCUCAGCAUAUGUGGCACUGCAGUGCAUGAGGUGAGGGGCCAUGUGGGCGGGGCUGUGCGGCUGACCUGCAGGAUUGACAACUCGCUCCCAGUCAAAGGCGUUUUCUUUCAGAAGAAGAAUCUCUCCGGAGUGUACGACAUCUUAGUUAACGGCUUCUACAGCCAUAUAGUGACAGGUUUCCUACUCGAUGAGUACAGAAACAGAACCAGAGUCAACAGGGCAGAACGCAGCCUGGAUUUCUGGGACCUAAAGGCAUCUGACGAAGGAUAUUACAAGUGUUUCUUCAUUCCCCAAGACACCCUCAGAAGCUAUGACACCACAUUUCGUCUCACAAUUACAGCCGACUACAGCGUUCCCACGGUAACCGUGCAGGAGUGUAGUGACCGUGGCGAGGGUGCGCUGAGCUGUGAGCUGGGCUGCUCAUCAUUUGGGGGAUACCCACUGGCCAACCUGAGCUGGACAGUGUCGAAGGGCGGGAAUGAGGUCCUCCUGCAGGAAGGGGGCAGCGUGAACACGGCUGACAAACACUCUGGCGUCUGGAACGUCUCCCAAACCAUCAGGCUCAACUGCACACAGCCUACUAAUGUCAGCUGCUCUGUAGGGGGCGUUGUCUCCCCUCCGCUCAGCAUAUGUGAGAGACUUUGGGCAAAACACACUGAAAAAACGUUUUUUAUGAAAGAAGUAGCAGAUACUGAAUCCUGAAUACACUGUACUGAAUGUGUUCAGUAACGUAUUCCAUUACAGUACAUUAAUCUAAUUAAAGCAGAUGGGAAAAUCUC